GGUGAUAAUCUCGUCAUGGGAAAAAACGCAAUACGCAACGCAACGCAUCGUUUCUGUUACGGCAUUCCUUACCUCACCCACCGCAACACCCAAACACCAAAACCCAACCACACUCUCCUCAACUCAUAUAUCUCUCAAAAGCUUCAAACUUUCGGACACAAAACAUCAAAAAGCUUAGCCCUACUUCUUCUUCUCUCAAUUCAUCACUUCUCUAUCUUGGUUUUCCUUUUUUUUAGCUUUCCACAAAGUAAAGCCAAAGAGGGAAAGAUGGCAAUGAUUCCGUACCAACUUUCCCGUUUACCUUACCACGAUUCCCUCAAAGUACUUGAAGCUGAUAUACAGCACGCUAAUGCUUUGGCUGCUGCAAUUCCCAGAGCCAAGGGUGGGACUGUUCUUCAAAUGAAAUUGGUUUACAAUCAGUUGGCUCCUCUCUUCCUGUUAUUUCUACAAUGGAUGGAUUGUUCUUGUGCAGGCUUUCUCCAUAGGUAUCUCAACCUCUUCCACAUAAUUAUAUACAAGGUACACAAUGAUGGUAGAUCAAACAUGUCUACCCAUGGAAGGAAGGCUACCAUUGGGGACUUUUAUGCCGUUAUAUUGCCAUCUCUCCAAAGGCUUCAUGGUAGUUUGGAGAAGUUGGAGGCUGUUGAAGCAGGAGAAUCAAGCAUAGAAGGUUCAAGUCAUGGCAAUAAGUUGAUUGAAGCAAGUGGGAGACUAACCAAUAUUGAUUUGCAAAGAGAAGAUGAAUGUGGAAUUUGCUUAGAGCCUUGCACCAAAAUGGUUUUACCUGGUUGCUGCCAUGCCAUGUGUAUCAAAUGCUACCGCAAGUGGAACAGAAAAUCAGAGUCUUGUCCUUUUUGUCGUGGCAGUUUGAGGAGAGUUAAUUCAGAGGAUCUAUGGGUGCUAACUUGUGACGAUGAUGUUGUUGAUGCAGAAACAGUUUCUAAAGAGGAUUUAUUGCGUUUUUACCUCUAUAUCAGCAAGCUGCCAAAAGAUCACCCAGAUGCACUUUUCCUAAUGUAUUAUGAAUACCUCAUUUAAUUUUCCAUUGAAUAAGAACAAAAAGGAAAAAAAUGUACAGAUAGUCAAUUCCGGAAUACAAAUGUGAAUAGAGUCUGGAAAGAAAAUACUCUGGUAAUGUAAUCACAGUUGUUCUGGUAAGAGAUAUUUCUGGUUUUUUGGCCCAGAAAAACCAUUCUUCUUACUUCUGUGAUGUAUCUCCAUUGUAGACAUUGUUCUUGCAAUUAACCUGGAAUUCCUUGUAUGAAGGAUCCAUUAAGUUAAAUAUUCUUGUAUGUUA